CUGCACCUUCCUGCCCCAGCGACCGGAGACUACACAGGGAGAAAUGGCUGCAAGGUUACUGCUGCGCCCGGCCCUCAGAGCCGCCACCGCCUGCCGGGCUGCCCGGGUCCCUGGCCGGGUCCCUGCCCUGGUCCCUGCCCUGACCCGCAGCAUGGCGACAGGAGGGAUUCCCACUGACGAGGAGCAGGCCACAGGACUGGAGAGGAUCAUCAUGGAGGCCACGAAGGAGGGAAAGGAUCCCUACAAUGUGAUGAAGCCAAAGUGGUACAGUGGUACCAAGGAGGAUCCAAACCUGGUUCCCUCCAUCACAGACAAGAGGAUUGUGGGAUGUAUCUGUGAAGAAGACAACACGGCCGUGGUUUGGUUCUGGAUUCAUGAUGGCGAGCCCCAGCGCUGCCCGUCCUGUGGGUCCUACUACAAACUGGUGCACUAUGAUCUCCCGCACUAACUUAUGAGACAGCUCUGUUAUUACCGACAUGUGUCACACCGCUGUGUGUCUGCACAGCUUUAGCUUCUCUUUGAAAUAUUCCUUCGGAACGAGAUGAAGAAGAAUCAGACGGCGACGUUCCCAUUGUUCAGUUUCCAGGAAGAUGUGUGGGCCUGUGUAUUUCCUGGUCCUAUGUUAGGAGUCCUUGUCCGAUUGGUCUUUGACCCGUUCUGUCUCAGUACUUGAUCCACCUGCUAACCUCAUCAGUCUUUGCUUUACAUGUUACCUUUACAGAGGGAUCACAUGUGGUUUGGGACACAACUGUUUCUUUGAAAACAUUUCCAUUCAGCUGCAGUUUACAUUGACUCAUGUACUGUACACUGUUACACUCGGUCCACCUACUCCUUUUAUUGAACCAAUAAAGUUUCUGAGCUCC